CCAUUGAACCGCCGUCCUCGCGCCGAUUCGCCUCCGGGGAGGGCGUGUGAGAGCGUCCGGAGAAGAAGACGAAGAAGAAGAUUUGAUCUUUCGAUUGAUGGAAAUGCCAAAUUUCCACUCUAAAAAGCAUCUCAGGUAUCUCAAUCUCAAUCUCUUCCCUGCUUAUUAUUGCUCCGUUCCUUUUCGCCGCCUUCAUAAACCCUAUUCAUUCCCAAUCCAAGCAAUCCCUUCUGCAAUCCGGGACCUGGAUCUUAGUAUAUCUAGGAACAAAUCCUAUUCGGGCAAUUCCUCAUCGGAAUCGCCCUCGAAAUUUCAUCCGAUUCUCCAAAACCUCCGUUUGUCCAGUUCUUCUUCUCGAGCACCUUCAAAAUGCAGUGUUGAUUCAUUCUCUACCUGUAGAUUGUUUAGUCCGAGUUAUGUAUCUGCAUUUCGAUGCUUCUCUGUUCAGCAUCAUCAUGAUAAGAAAACGGAGAGUUUAACUACUGCUGCUGAGGGUGAAGAAUCCAAAAGAAACCGAAAUGAAAUUAGGAAUAAUGUCAGUAAUGAGGCUGCACAUAUCAUUGAGAUCAUUAGGAGUGAUGGAGAAGAUUUGAUGUCCAAGUUGAGCUCUAUGGCCUCUUGGCUUGAUUCGAAGCCGAUUAUAAUGGGUACUCUUAAUGGUUUGAAUCAGCUCAGGAUAUCUGGAUUGAGUUUCUUCAGAAUUCUAAUGGAGACGAAUCCUCAGUUGUGUAGAAGUGGUGAUAUCUGCAGCCUGAUCAUCAACAACUGUGGAUGUUUGGGUGAUUACGAAGCAAUGGUUUCUCUGUUGCAGGAAUUCAAGCUGCAAAAAAUCUGUCUCAAUCGAAUGGCAUUUGAGUUUUUGCCUGUAUCUGAACCGGACAAGGAUGAUCAGAUGGAGUCUACAAGAAGAGUGAUUGACGUGUUAAACAAAGUUGGUGGAUCGUGCCGUAACUCUGGAAUUUCUGCAUUGAUAGACAGGUUUUGUUCUUUGGGAUCUCCCCAAACUGCAAAAUUCGUAAUGGAAAACACAGAAAGGACAGUUCGUCGAUACAAUAUUUUGAUCCGGGCGAUGUGUAAACGAGGGCAAAUCAAAGAAGCACAUGCCACCAUCGAAGAGAUGCGCGAACUCGGUUGUCCCCCAGAAACCAACACAUACAACUAUCUGAUUGCAUACUAUUGCAGGCAUAACAGAAUGUCUGAAGUGUGUACCCUUCUCAAUGCAAUGAAAGAAAAAGGUUUUCGUCCUGAUGCAAUAACAUUGGAAGCCAUAAUAUGUCACGCGGCUACUCGACACCAUUUCGGUGUUGCUUUCCAGCAUCUGGACUUGAUGGUGCAUCUCAAUAUCGAACCUCGGCCAUCUACUCUCUCAGUGCUUCUGAAUGUGUUGUUCUAUACAAACCAACAUGAGAAAGCAUACGAAUUUGUAAACGACAUGGCUGCCAGGUUUAAGACCUCGAGCAAUUCUCUUUACAACUUGCUUGCAAAGCUUCAUCUGAGAAAUGGAGACCCUGUCAUUGCCAAGAACAUCUUGAAUGAAAUGGUGGCGAAAGGGUUAGUGCCAAAACACUCUAUUCGUUUGAAAUGUGAAGCCAUUAACAGACCGGUUUGACCGUAGCAUUGGAGUCGGAUUGAACCACCACUUUUAUUUUUUGCACAAUGUCUUUUUGUUAGUUCUAGCACGCGAUGGCGUGUGACUUCUUGAUUGAGUCAUUAUAGGACUUGCAUUUUGCCAUUUUUGUCUAAGUUGUCUUGUAUAAUGUGUUGAUUAUGCUGACUGACUUAUCAGAAA